CGGUCCGAAGCUUACUGGAACUCAUCGUGAAACUACUUAAGACUAGCAACUGUUCAGUGGACUGUAGCUUUAAGAUAUCAUUCUAUCGUUUUUGUGUUUUAGUCAAAUUUAUCAUGGCAUUUCUGAUCUACCUGACUUUACUGACAACAGCCGUCAUCACACAGGUGACUGCUAGCUGCCCAGCUGUGUGUGAGUGCCCUGACCAGCCUCUGGUUUGCCCUCCAGGAGUGAGCACUGUGUCAGAUGGAUGUGGGUGCUGCAAGGUGUGUGCUGCACAGCUAAACCAGGACUGCAACCCCAUGAGGCCUUGCGACCACCACAAAGGGCUGGAGUGUAAUUACGGCAACGAUGUGACCAUGGCCUGGGGCAUCUGUCGAGCUAAAUCAGAGGGACGCACAUGUGAGUACAACGGCCGGAUCUACCAGAAUGGCGAGAGCUUCCGUGCCGGCUGCAAACACCAGUGCACCUGCAUCGAUGGAGCUGUCGGCUGCGCUCCUCUCUGCACCAACAAGCUGCCGCCAGCCUCUCCAUCCUGCCCCUACCCACGGCUGGUCCGGAUCCCCGGGCAGUGCUGCUUCAGUGUGGACUGCCAUAAGGGCACCUGGCAGCUCCCCCCUAAGCAUCAGGUUCCUCCGCCACAACAACCCCUGCCCAAACAUCAACACCAUAUGGAACAUAAUAACGAGCUGGCCAACGAGCUUACAGACGUCAAGUCCAGCGGCUGGGAGAGUGAACAUGGCUACAAACACCUGCCUGUGUGGAACCAUCUAAAGAAGAAGUGUCCCAUCCAGACCACUGACUGGUCCCAGUGCUCCAGCAGCUGUGGGAUGGGCGUUUCUUCUCGCAUCACCAACAAAAACCCUAAGUGCAAACUGGAAAGAGAAACGAGAAUCUGUACCGUACGGCCGUGCCACGGCCUCACAGUCCCCACCAAGAAAGGGAAGAAGUGCUCCCCGGCCCAGAAAGCCCCCGAGCCCAUCCGCCUGACCUACGGAGAAUGCGCGAGUGUCCGCCUCUACCGGCCCAACUACUGUGGAGUGUGUGCGGACGGGCGGUGCUGCUCGCCACGCCGCACACGCACUGUCCCUGUGACCUUUGUCUGCCCCGACGGAGAGCGUUUCCAGCGGUCGGCCAUGUUCAUCCAGUCGUGUAAAUGUAGCAAUGACUGUGGACACCUCAACGAAGUGGCCCUCCCGCCACAGCAGUGGAUGUAUGGAGAUACACACCAGUUCAUAGACUAGUAUUGAGGAUUUGUAUUUUUUGUUAUAAUGUGAUGAGGUCAACUUUCUUGAUGAAGGAAGACGCUUCAAGACCAGGGGCCAUUUUUCUCAUUUGGUUCCAAAGUGAAGAGCACAGGCACCCGCCUGAAUGCUGAACAGCAGGCAGCGAGGGCCGCCUCGGUUUAAUUUCAAUCAUAAAGGCAACCUUUGAUUUUAUUGUGUGACCAGAGUGGAUUGUACACGUCUGUUCAAACAGACAUGGGACCUAAAUUAGAGCCCUGAAGCACCCCUGGACUUCCUCCUCUCUGGAUUGAUUGCUGGUUCAGGUUUUGAGGAUUUUGUUUAACCUCUCUGAUCAGCCUGAGGAGAAAUACUACAAGAGCAACAAAGCACUUUGUGUAGCACUGAAACGUAGGAACUAUAACUAUGACAGCAGUGCAAAAAGGAGUACUACACCUCCUACAACAGCCUGUGAUGGUCAAUAACUCCAUAUCCCAUAAUGCACUAUGACUACUCAGUGACAAGCAAAAUAAUUUGUUUUGCAGCUUUAUUUAGAAGGAAAAUGUGGACUUUUAAUAUAUAUAUGUCAGCACAGUAUGUUAAGAACAUAAGCACAGACUUAAAGGAUUGUUCCUUGUUUUGGCAUGCUGACGUGACAAGCAUUUUUAUAUUUACACAACGAAUGACACUGUUCCUGACUAUUUCAAUUAUAAGGGACGCCAUCUGGAACUGACAAGAGCGUUCAGCAAGGACUGGACCAAUGCCUCUUGAUUAUGCAUUAAAUGCAGCUUAGAGAAAUGUCUUACUCAAACCUGUAUUUGAGAAUUUAUUUUGGAUCACUGUAUUCUGUAAAUAUAUUUUCUUUAUUUGGAUCCAAGUUUAUAUUGUCACAUUUAUUUACUCAUGGAUUAAGACACUUCUGUGUAGCCAUCACAUGUUCAUGUUGUUUAUCCAUGUGAUAAAACUGGCUGCUCAAGUUUCAUCCAAGGUUUAUUUUCACUGAACAUGUCGUUUCAAACAUGGCACAGUUCACCAUUGCCGGAACAUGCUACUAAAC